AUGUGGGAAGGUCGGCCGAUUGACAGCACGAACGGCUGGCCGAUUUUUGAGAAGGGCGGCGCUGCGUGUGUUUCCACUUCGAUGGUGGUAAGCUCGAGCCUACCGAAAUUGACUAACAAGGAGAAUCAUAUCAACUCCCUGCAACAUCGUCGAUACAGUGAACAGGAUCAAGCGUUUUGUGCACCGGAUGAAAUGCUGGUAGCUCCAGUACAAGACGAUCAGGUGCAAAUCAAUAGCGGUGCGCACUAG